AUGUCAUCUUUUAUGCCGGAUAGUAUACUUUUGGAUAUUGAAAAACUUGAAACAAUGUUAACGAAUAGUAGUAGUAGUAAUAGUAGUUGUGAUUCAUCAUCAUGCAAUUAUCAGUCAUCACUAUCGCCAAAUUCUCGUUCAAUAACAUCAACAACACGUUUUACGGGUUCAUCAAAAGUUUAUUUAAGAAAUUUAAAUAAAUUAUUAGCAGAUAUUGAACAAAAACAAAAGAUUCUUGCUACAGGUGGAGGAUCAAUUCUUAAACGUUUACGUCCAAUAAAUUCAUCAUCGUCUUCACGUUCAUUAACAUUUACAUCAUUAUUUACUCGUCCUUCUAUUAAAUGUAUACCGAAUAAUAGACUUGAACCUAAAACAAUGUCAUUUGCUCAAUUUAUUACACAAACUUCGUCAUUUCCAUUAACAUAUUCAAAUCAUCAAUCACAAUAUGGUUGUGCAAAAUUAAAUGAAAAAAUGUGGGUUGUACAUUGUCGAGAACACUUAAUAAAAGCUGUAAAUGACGAACUUAAUCAAACAUCAAAUGAAGAAUACAAUCUUGAUUGGAAUCAUAUAUCCAGUUAUCAUCUUGGCAACAAAUGGUCAGCAAAUGUAUGUGAAAAUGCAUGGAAACAACUUUGCAAUCCAAGAAUCAAUCAAUCAAAAUGGACUAUUAAAGAAGAACGUCGUUUAAUAUCAAUUGUUGAACAUGAACCAUUAAGCGCUGAUCGAUGGAUAUCGAUUGCAAAAGAAUUAGGAACGGAUCGAAAGUGA